AUGAAAUUGCUUAGUGUUGUGCGACCUGUUCAACUUCCUGGUCCUCGUGGACUUCGCCUGACGGGUCCAUCAAGGGGAGCUCUUGCACGUCUUCCUGUUGGGCUUUUGACAAGAGGUGGUCGUAAUGUGUUCUCAUCUCCAGUUGCUGAAAGUAUAUCACCAUCCAAAAAGUUGCCAUCAAAAUCUCGCUCCCCUAGUCGUUCUCCAGUUUCCAAACCUUUAAAGGAUUGGCAGAGAAAACGUUCAUAUAGAUCCAGGUCUAGUUCAUCCUCAAAAUCACUUGGCUCCCCUCAUUCUUCGUCCUCAAGUAGUUUCAGGACAAAACGCCACUGGCGUCGGGAUUCUCGGUCGCGCUCUGGUUCUCGACAUACACAGCGAAAAACGAAUGAUGUAAAGGAUUCUCAAAAAAGUACACCACAACCAGUCACCAGGGGGAAUUCCAAGGGUAGACGACGAAGACGCGGUGGUGCCUCAAAUGCUGACUCGAGUACUGACGCGAAUACCUCAAAUGAAGAUACAACAGCUGCAAGGGGUCGUGGACGCGGCAACUGGCGAGGUAAACGUGGAAAUAUUUCGAAGCAGACUCCACCGAGCGAGUCUCGCCUUACCCAACGAGCCAGUAGGUUUAAAGACCAUCUGACUCAGUCAUCCAUUGGGUCAGGCUCAAUUGGACGAACUACCAGUCAGCUGCUUUCAAACUACACUGACGAGCGUGAUGAUUUGGUUGUUGAUUUUGGUAGCUGUCAAAUCAUCGGUACUAUGCAGGAAAUAGAAAAACAGUAUUUAAGACUGACUCGAGUAAGCUUUGUUAGUUUGUUCAGUGUAUUCUGUAGUAUUUUCUCAGUUGUCUUUUAA